CAGUUAAAGAGAAUAGAAAGAAUAAAUAGUUAAUUACAAGUGAAAACUUUGAACGAAAAAACUUUAAAUAAAUAAUUUUGUGAAAAAAAUUUAUAAAAAAUCAAACAUGUGGUUUUAUCUGGCGUUGUUAAGUUUGGCUGUAAUAAAUUCUUGUCUAGCCUUAGAAUUAAAUAUGAAUACCACCACAGAAUUUGUUACACAUCGAGAAGCUAGACGUAGUCCUUUAACGGAUAGUUGUAUAACCAGUGAUGACACUACCGGUACUUGUAUGUCCCGUUUUAAGUGUUUAAGUUCGGGUGGUAUACCCAAAGGUUAUUGCAGUUCAUUUGGUGUUUGUUGUGAAACCAAUCUACAAUGCAAUAUGGCCUCGAGAUUAAAACGCACCAUUAUUAAAAAUCCUGCUGUUUUAAAUUCAAAUCCUUGUAUCUAUACCAUACAACCCUAUAGUCCCGAUGUCUGUCAACUUUUAAUAGAAUUCCAAAGAUUUGAAAUGCAACCGCCAAACUAUGAUGCUGCCAAUAAUGUUUUAGAAUGUGGUGAUAACUUAUCCAUAGGUGAUUUUACUUUGUGUGGCGAUAAUAAUGGUCAACAUUUGUAUAUACCCUUUAAUGUGGCCAAUGGUGUACCGGAAAUUACCCUAACCUUUAAUCUGCCCAAUCGUUGGUCAGCUUCAAUAUGGCGUUUGGUUGUUACGCAAUUGGAAUGCCCUGCUCAACCUAAAAAACGUUCACAAUCUUUCAUGCCUUUCGUUAGUGGUAAUAAUUUACAAAAUCUUCGCACUAUUUUUACUUCACACAGUAAUGCCGAUUUGGAAUUAUUGGCACCGCACGGUUGUCAUCAGUACUAUACCCAAUUGUCGGAUAGUAUUAAGAGUUUCAAUUAUAAGGCUGAUGGUUCAACGUAUUAUUUGCCCGGUAUAAAUUAUGUGAUUUGUAUUAAACCAACUGGAGGAGCUAACAUGAUAGAAUACCAGGCACAAAAAUUCUCCAUGUCUAAUGCCAUUACAGGCAGUCCAGGUUAUGAUGGUGACUGUCGUGGCACGAUACAAACACCACAUAGACGGGAAGAUUAUCUAAUGAUACCACAAUCAUAUGUGGCCAAUAGUUUGAGUAUUUUACCAACAUAUUAUUGUGGCACUUCGUUACAGACGAAUCCUUCCAUAGUGGCUUCGGCGCCAUUUAUGAUAUACUUUAACAGUGAUGAUUUCACCGAUACAACUGAAACUGGUUUCCAUAUACGUUACACUGUUAGGACAAUGUAUUAAAAAGCAUUUUAAAUAAAAAAAACUAAGUUUAUAUACAUACAUA